AUGUCUGUGUUCUCUGAACUCGUGCACUCUCAUCUCACAAGUUCCUAGGUAAAGACACGGUCGACGACAAGAACUAAAGAUUCUUCAAGAAGAUCAUGGAAGAUCCACUUUUACUAGGAGACGAUCAAGUAACCAACACCGGAAGUCUUAAGCCGUCGACGCCGACAUGGAGAAAGAGUUUCACGGCGGAGUUAAAGAACGUCAGCCUCAUGGCGGCGCCUAUGUCCACCGUGACCGUUGCUCAGUAUCUUUUGCCUGUUAUCUCAGUCAUGGUCGCCGGCCACCGUGGCGAACUCCAGCUCUCUGGUGUCGCUCUUGCUACUGCUUUCACAAACGUCUCCGGCUUUAGCAUCAUGUAUGGUUUAGUGGGUGCACUUGAAACUCUAUGUGGUCAAGCUUAUGGAGCUAAGCAAUACACUAAACUCGGGACUUAUACUUACUCUGCAAUAGUCUCGAACGUACCCUUUUGUCUACUCAUAUCGAUUCUCUGGUUUUACAUGGACAAGCUUUUGGUUUCGAUCGGACAAGAUCCUGACAUCUCUAGGGUAGCUGGUUCUUAUGCGGUUUGUCUUAUACCUGCUUUGUUCUCUCAAGCGGUGCAACAACCUUUGACUAGGUUUCUUCAGACUCAGGGUUUGGUUCUUCCUCUUCUCUACUGUGCCGUAACCACGCUUUUGUUCCAUAUACCUGUUUGUUUGGUUCUGGUCUACAAGUUUGGUCUUGGAAGCAAUGGAGCUGCCUUGGCUAUUAGUUUGUCUUACUGGUUCAAUGUGUUGAUUCUUGCUUUGUAUGUGAGAUUUUCAAGCUCUUGUGUGGAGACUCGUGGCUUUGUGUCUGAUGAUUUUGUGUCCAGCGCCAAGCAGUUUUUUCAAUAUGGGAUACCAUCAGCAGCAAUGGCUUGCAUAGAAUGGUCCUUGUUUGAGUUCCUUGUAUUGUCCUCAGGACUCCUCCCUAACCCGAAACUCGAGACCUCGGUUCUUUCGAUUUGUCUCACAACAGGAUCUCUCCACUAUGUCAUUCCAAUGGGUAUUGGGGCUGCUGGAAGCACACGGAUUUCAAACGAGUUAGGAGCGGGGAAUCCUGAGGUUGCUAGACUGGCAGUAUUUGCCGGUAUUUUCCUUUGGUUCCUAGAGGCUACCAUUUGUAGUACACUCCUCUUCACUUGUAGGAACAUCUUUGGUUACGCCUUCAGCAACAGUAAAGAAGUUGUGGACUAUGUCACUGAGCUAUCUCCUUUGCUUUGUCUCUCAUUUAUGGUCGAUGGAUUCUCGGCAGUACUUGGUGGGGUUGCUAGGGGAAGUGGGUGGCAACAUAUAGGAGCUUGGGCAAAUGUGGUGGCUUACUAUCUCUUAGGAGGUCCGGUUGGAAUUUUAUUAGGAUUUUGGUGUCACAUGAACGGUAAAGGACUAUGGAUUGGUGUGGUUGUUGGCUCUACGGCGCAAGGAAUCAUACUAGCUAUAGUCACUGCUUGCAUGAGCUGGAAUGAGCAGGCUGCCAAAGCAAGAAAGAGGAUAGUUGUAAGGACUUCUUCGUUUGAUAGUGGAUUAGCUUGAAGGAUUCUUUAUUUCCCAUUUUUUGAGAUAGUCACAUAGUGACAUAGAUUUUGUUUUACUCAAUAUAUCGCUAGAGAACAUUGGAGUGAAAAUGUAAGAGGUAGCACAUUUUUUAGUAUCUUGUAUCCGGUUUAUAUAUUUUCUAAAGAUGAAAUAUUUAUGUUGACGUUA